GUGACGUCCGUUGCAGAAAUAGAAACCAAUAGAUCCCAAAAUACGAGGCACGCGCGCACUUCUUUACGGACUUUAUAACGUGCGUUGAUUUUCGAUGGACUCCUUUAUACUAGAACGCUUGUCAAGCCUUGCUGACUGACGUCACAGCUUUGAGUACCCUCGAAUGGUGCCGGCCAGACGGGAGCAUAGUUUAACGUCCGUCACUUGUCGUAUCCGGUUUUUUUUCUUGAAUUACUGCUGUUUCAUCUUUCACUGUGCUUCAUAGUUUUAUUGUUUUUGUUGUUGUCUGUGUUUUUACCAUGGAUAUUGAAACUUUGAUAAGUGCGGUACAGCGCCAUCCGCUGUUAUGGGACACUGCAGACCCUGAUUACAAAGAUAAAAACAAAAAACACCAGGCUUGGGUUGAAGUAUCGAAGAUUUUAUUUGAAGAUUAUGACAACCAGUCUCAGGAUCAACAAAAAUUAAUUGUACGAGACGUGGUAUCGAAAUGGAGAACAGUACGAGAUAACUACGUUAGAAACCUAAAAAAACAAUCCAUAAAAUUAGGUUCCGAAGCGAAGAAAGUGAAAACAUACAUCCACGGCGAGCAAUUAUCCUUUCUAAAGAAAUCUUUGGAACCAAGACCAACAUGUAGUACCAUGGACACUCAACCGGACUCACCCGAAAACGAAUGCCAUGGAGAUAAUCGCGAAACUGAAGAAGGCUACCGUACUCCUACCGCCAAUGAAACAAUGGUUCCCCCUCAACAACUCCCAUCUUCGCGUAAAAGAAAGUUAACGGAUGUUGAACGUAGUUUCAUUACAUUUAUGGAAAGUCACAGCACGAAAGAGGCAACGCCACAAGAAGAUGAAGAUUUAGCUUUUUUCUACUCUCUUUUGCCCACUAUUAAAUCACUGACGCCGAAUGAGAAAUUCACAUUCAGGAUGGAAAGUAUGAAACUUCUACAAAACCUAAAACAAGCCCGAUCAUUUCCUCCGAGCCUUCCUCCCUACCAAGGCUAUACAUCGCGACCUCCAUCGAAUACAUCGGCUACUUCAUCAUUUUAAAACUUUUCACCGGACACGGAGGCUUGAAGUGAUUGUGAUUCAGCUGCAUUGACUCAGUUGUAACUCACUAGCUCUCGCCUUAUCAAUGUAAA